AUGUCCUGUGAAAGGAGAACAAAGGCCGCGCGUUUCCUCGAUCUGCGGUACAAGAGCGGGGUGCGCUCAGUGAGGGGCGGGGGUGGCGGCGGCGCGGAGGAGGCGCGGCGCGGCGGCCUCAAGGCGCUGCCGAAGCGCGCCCGCACUCGCUGCAGGGGAAUGAACAUGGGGCAAAAGCUCUCCGGCGGAGUGAAGUCGGUGUCGCGCGAGUGCACGGUGCCGUUCAAGGCGGUGGUCGCGCGCGAGCUGGCGCCGGAGCCUCCGCGGCCCGCGCGCCUCGACGCGCUGCUAGACGCGCCGCCCGCGCAUCUCGACCUGCAAUACAAGCACGCCUGGAAUCCCGAUGACAGAUCGCUAAACAUAUUCGUGAAGGAGGAGGACGCGUUAACGUUCCACCGGCACCCGGUGGCGCAGAGCACGGACUGCAUCCGCGGGCGGGUGGGGUACUCGCGCGGGCUGCACUGCUGGGAGGUGGUGUGGCCGGCGCGCCAGCGCGGCACGCACGCCGUCGUCGGCGUCGCCACCGCGCACGCGCCGCUGCACUCCGUCGGCUACCAGAGCCUGGUCGGCGCCACCGACCAGAGCUGGGGCUGGGAUUUGGGCAGGAACAAGGUUUACCACAACGCGAAAGGCACGGGCGGCAGCGGCACGACGUACCCGGGGCUGUUGCGGCCCGACGAGCAGUUCCUGGUGCCGGACCGGCUGCUGGUGGUGUUGGACAUGGACGAGGGCACGCUCGCCUUCUGCGCGGACGGCCGCUACCUGGGCGUGGCGGCGCGCGGCCUGCGCGGCAAGACGCUCUACCCCAUCGUGUCCGCGGUGUGGGGCCACGCCGAGAUCACCAUGAAGUACAUCGGCGGCUUGGACCCGGAGCCGCUGCCGCUGAUGGAGCUGUGCCGGCGCGUGAUCCGGCAGCGCGUGGGGCGCGCGCGGCUGCGCGGCGCCGCCUCGCGCCUGGCGCUGCCGCCCGCGCUCUCCGCCUACCUGCUGUACCGCGCGCCCUAG